CAACAAAAACAAACUGACGUUCGACGAUAAUGACGCCAUUGAUGCGCCCUAGGAAAGUGUUCAAAUAAUAAAUUGUGCCAUUAACAUUAAAAUACAUGAAUUUUCAAAAAAUUUUAAUAUGUUUAACAUUUUAUGUUUUUGUAUCAUUAACAUUGUAUUUUAAAGUGAAUCGGUGAAUGUUAAGACGGAGCACUUUACCUUCCCCCAAAUUCGGAUUAAUAUUUUUAUAACUAGUUUUAUAAUUAUUUAAGUAAGAUGAUUUUUUGGACGUUGAGUGGCGCCAGGAAAAGCAACUUAGGAUGUUUAAGUUAACGGCAAUAAUCGUGACAUGAUGCGAAAGGGGGUGUGAGUACUUAAGGCCUUAUUAGAUUACGAUGGGAGAUUAUGUAUUAUAUCAAGCUCUCCAGAAUUAUAUUCCUCAUGAUGAUGAAAGUAAUGCUAUAGAAUUUCAAAAAGAUGACGUUUUUGAUGUGCAGUCUUCGUUUAUUGAAAAUGAAAAGCAGCGAAAAGGAUGGCUUUGGGCUUACAACAGAAGAACAGAACAAUCGAACUGGUUAAGUUGCUGGGAUCAAAAGUAAAUAACACUAUACAUCAUCCAUCAGCACCAGGAGUGGAAGCAUCUCAUUUAACUUCUACAAGCUGUUCUGGGCAAAAAGCAAUUGAUGUUAGGAUUAGCAGUUCAGAGCACCGUUUGAGGGAUGUUUAUUUUCUAACUCCAAUAUUAUGUAUUCAUUGUAAAGAUUACAUCUGGGGAUCUGGCAAAGUUGGUACACAGUGUCUGGGUAAGUGUAUUUUUUUGUUACACACUUUCAAUCUGCACAAUGUGGAACGACAGAGAUUUCAAAGGUGUAAAUUGUACUUAUAGAGUGUAUAUAGGUUAUUCAUUAUCUAAAAUUAUUUUUUUUUACUUAAUCUGAAUAUUAUCUUUAUUAACAUUUAAUA